CCUUACAAUCGUCUCGUCGACGUUCUCGUCGUUCCUCGUAAUGCCUUUGCUGUCGGCAACGAUGAGCUCUGCAGGUCGUGGGACUAACCCCCUCGCUGAAUCAUCUACUGUGUAUUCUUAGCCAAUAACAUCUCGCUGUCUCGCAAUCGUGUCCGACGCCGCACGGCGUCCGACGAUUAUGGCGCAUGCAGCGCCCGCGAUCAUGAAAGUUCUCCUCUACUCACGACCGUCAUGACUGCUACGACGAUAGACGAUGGGCCACUAGAGAAGGGCCCAGUGACGGCACCUGCGACCCCGGAUGUCCCAGCGACCCCAGAUGUGAAGGAACGACCACCAGUUGAGGAGAAGCCAUCGCGCUAUACGCGCAAGGAGACAUGGUUUAUCGUGUUUGUGGUGGCCAUCGCAGGCUUGUUCAGCCCCCUUCCAGCGAACAUCUACUUCCCAGCCAUCCCUACCCUCACAGGCGUCUUCCACAAGUCGACCUCAUCCCUUAAUCUUACAGUCACCGUCUAUCUGAUCCUGCAAGGCAUAUCGCCAAUGAUAUGGGGUCCCGUGUCUGAUUUCUACGGACGUCGGCCAACGUACCUCAUAUGCCUCACGAUCCUCGUGCUGUCCUGUCUUGGCCUCGCGCUCGUGCCCACGGACGCGUUCUGGCUGUUGUUGGUGCUUCGUUGCUUCCAAGCAGCCGGGUGCGCUAGCACGAUCGCCUUAGGGGCGGGUGUCAUAGGCGACAUCUCAAGCAGGAAAGAUCGCGGCGGGUACUUCGGUGCCUUCAACCUGGGUCCUCAGCUUGCCCCAGUCAUUGGUCCAGUACUAGGUGGCGCUCUAGCUGAUGGCCUCGGCUGGAGAUCCAUCUUCUGGUUCCUCUGCAUCUUCUCCGGAUGCUGCCUGCUCUUCGUAUUGGUCUUCCUUCCCGAAACCCACCACGCCGUCUCGGCCAGCAAGAACAGGGUAUCCAAACUCGUCUACUCCCCCGUCAUCCGCGUCGUCGGCCGCGCCCAGCACAAAGCAGAGAAAGCAGGUCUAGCGCCUCCUCCUCAACCCUCCGCCCCACCCAAGAGCAAGCACAUCCGCAACCCCCUCCCCCUGUUCCUCAACCCCGCCGUCUCGCUCGCGCUCACCUUCACCGCCAUCAUCUACGCAGUGUGGUACUGCGUGACCGCUACGAUUUCGAGCUCGUUUGCCGAGAAGUACCCCUUCUUGUCGGAGACGGAUGUCGGGCUGUGUUAUUUGCCCAUCGGCUCGGGCAUGCUUAUUAGUAGCGCGGUGCAUGGGCGUGUUUUGGACGCGGAGUAUAGGAGGAUGCGGCGUAGGUGGACGGAGGCGCAGAAGGGCGACGGAGAGAAGGGCACGUUGGACGAGCGCGACUUUCCGAUUGAGCACGCACGGCUAAGGUUGAUGCCUUUGCAUGUUGCGGUAUUCGCGGCGAGCGUCAUUGGCUGGGGUUGGUCAGUGCAGGCGGGCGCACAUCUAGCGGCACCGCUCGUUCUACAGCUACCCAUCGGCUACACCUUCAACGCGGUCCUCAACACGACCAUGACACUCAUGAUAGAUAUAGAACAUGCACAAAGCUCCAGUGUCACCGCCUGCACGAACCUCGCCCGAUGUAGCCUCGCCGCCAUAAUGACCGCAGUCAUCGACAACAUCACCAACGGUCUCGGCUACGGAUGGACUUACGUUCUCUUCGGAGGCGUCGCUGCCUUGAUGAUUCCCUUCAUCUACCUAGAGAUGAUCAUGGGCCCGAGAUGGCGGGCACGGCGCGAAGCCAAGAAGGCUGCUGCAUAGACCUGGUCGAGCAUAGAUUUAGAUGCGCAUAUAUACACUGAUUUUCCGCCAAUUACAGCACACUAGAGCAUCGCAUAUCAC